CUCAGGAAGGAGGCUGCAGCACCUCUCUUCUUCUUCCUCUUCUUCGCCCCGUGUCUCAGUGACACACAGCUGUGGCCGUGACAGUUCUUGUUCUUCUAUAAGAAUUUGCAGCUCCUGCGGUGGGAGACGCUGCCACUCUGGGAGCCAUGAGUCGUUGUUGUGUGGUCAAAGUGAUCACCCUGACAGAGAUCCAGCUUCUACAGGUACACAGCCACCUGGAGAACUCCAAGUUCCACCUCCACCAGACCCAGAACCAGCAGGUCAAGCAGUAUCUGACACUGGGAACAAAGCUGGCCUCUUCGGCCGGGCAGGGCCACUCAGUUUCGCAUCCACAUACCCCCGGCCAGCCGCUGGCCACCUUGCCGAUCAUGAGGAAUGGACACAUGCCAUCUGUCAGCGACGGCAGCAACCCCAACAGCCCUGUUACCCUGCUUACUAUGGCCAACCACGACAGCGAGUUUCCAAUGGAUGAAGUUAUUGAUGACCUAAUUAGUCUUGAAUCCGGUUUCAAUGAUGGAGGCUUGGAUUGCAUGGACUCUAACAUCCUAAUGCAAAACAAUGUGUCCCUCAGUGGCAGCAUGCUGGACGUCUAUGGGGGUGAACAAGGUAUGAACGCCCCUAAUGGUGGAAUGAGUCCCACAUCUAACCCCACAAAGCUCACUGUUAAAAGGGAAUACACAGAACUCGACACAAGAGUGAUGGCCAAAGAGAGGCAGAAAAAAGACAACCAUAACUUGAUUGAAAGAAGACGAAGAUACAACAUCAACUACAGGAUUAAAGAGCUGGGGACACUCAUACCAAAGUCGAAUGACCCCGACAUGCGCUGGAACAAAGGCACUAUCCUGAAGGCCUCAGUGGAGUACAUAAGGUGGCUGCAGAAGGAGCAGCAGCACGCUCGGGAGCUGGAGAGCCGUCAGAAGAAGCUGGAGCAAGCGAACAGGAGGCUGCUGCUGAGGAUCCAGGAGCUUGAGAUCCAGGCACGAGCACAUGGCCUCCCAAACAUGGCUACGGCCUUGGGGACAGUUGAACUAUCCUCCCAUCUCCUCAAACAACAGCAGCAACAGCAACAACAACAACAACAGCAACAACAACAGCAGCAGCAGCAACAGCAGUCGUCUCCCCAGGCCCAGCAACCCCAGCAGCUGCCUCUCUACCAGGAGGACCCAAACAGCGACUACCUCCAGAGGAUAGUGGUGGCUGGAGUGCCAUCCAUCCCCACUGCCAGCGGGCCGCAGGAUCACAUCCCCGACGCCGACGGUUGCACCACGUUCUCCGACCCACUGUCCCACUUCACAGACUUCUUCAGCGCUACGCUCAAGGAGGAGCAUCGGCUGGAUGAGAUCCUGAUGGAUGACCCGCUCUCGCCCUUUGGCACCGACCCGCUCCUCUCAGCAGGCUCGCCUGGUGCUGCGUCCAAGGACAGCAGCCGCAGGAGCAGCUUCAGCUCGGCCGAGGGUGAUGAUCUAUGAGGGUGCCCCUCUUCAGUUACACACUCUUGUUAUCUCCUCGUUACAUCGAGGUUGUAAUCCCCAGUGGUAAAGGGCAUACACAGAGCCUUUAAUAGACUGACUGAUGGCUCUGGGCAUACAAUAAUGACCACUCACAGGGUUGCAAGUAAUUUAAAUGACAGCUAACACACCUGGCAGUACCCCUCAAAGUGCCACCUGUACAUAAAGUGUAUAGUAGUUGAUCAGGUGGGUGUUAGAGAUCCACUGGCCCAAAAGCUUGUAUUCUCCAAAGCUCAGCGGGACUAGGAACAGCUCGGGGACCUCCUGCUUCUCCACGUGCUCUUUUUAACAUCACUUUAGACAAUCAAUCUAUUUCUCUGCCUCCCGCACAGAGCAGAAACAGACUCACAAAAAAGGGAGACAUUUAUCGGCCUUCAAGUACAUAAUGUAAAUAAUGAAUUCUGUUUGUUUGUUUUUCGUUUUUUUGGUAAACACUGUGGUAGCUGUACACUGUAACAUAUGCAAAAUAAUCACUGUCAAAACUGUCCUUCCUUAAAUGACAAUACUACUGCUUCACAGAAGGAUUUUUUUAAUAGUUGCAGUCGGGAUUGUGAUCAUUUGAUGUGCCUUAUUCGAACUCCCGGUUUUGUCUUAAAAAACAUGUACUCACCGCAAUGCCUACCUUAAGUGUUUCUGUUAAAUAAGUGUUUUUGUAUUUAUAUAUGUUUUAAUCCAUGUAUUCAUAAAAAAGAUAUAUAUUAUUAUCUAACAUGUUACCUUUUUUUAUUCUUAGUAGGGGUGGGAAAAAUAUAAUAAACCCCUUUUUUGAUAUACCUGA